GUAGGCAUAUUUUAAAUGGCUCUUCAGAUUCAGAAAGUUACAAAAUUCAGCAGAAAUUUUAACCUUUAUGGUACCAAUGAAAGGACUUUUCUUACACUGAUUAUAUAUUAUUUAUUUGGAUUUUUAUAGAUCUGACAGAGAUGACUCAAGAUUUGAGCUCAAUGUUACCAAAUGAUUUACCUGAUGAUCCAAUUUAUAUCUGUUUUGUCAAUGGAAAAAUUCACAUACCUGAAGUUAUUUUUCGCAAAUUGAAUUCUAAGGACCAGAGGAAAGAACAUGCAGAAAGUUCAGAGACUUUUGAAGAAAAUAGCACAGAGGAUACCACACCAUAUGUUCCAGACACUCUUGAUUUGGAAGAUAGUAGUGACAAUGAAAAAUCCAGAUUUGAAUGGAAAUUCUCAGAUACGGAAGAACUGCUAGCAGUUUUAAAAGCACGAAAGGAAAAAAAGGAUAAUUUUAGCAAAAACAUGUGGAAAUCAGUUGCUACAGAAAUAAAAGGGGAGCUAAAAACAAAUCCUAGUCCUGAACAAUGCAGAGAAAAAUUUUAUUCUCUGAGGAGGUCGUACAGAAAUUUCAUUGCAGAAAAGAAGAAGACAGGAAACAAAAGAACAAAGCCUUUUAUUCAUGAGUCUGAAAUGUAUGACCUUCUACAUGAUGAUCCCGCUUUCAGCCCGCCACUUUUGAUGAGUUCCUUUGCCACAAUUGAAACAUGCGACAGUGAUGAGAACACCACAGAGAAAGAUCCCCCUAAAAAGAGGAGAUGUACCAGUAGUAAUGAGCUCACAGAAUAUCUAAAGGAAAGGGAUGAAAAGUUUCUUCAUGCAUUCAAGGAAAUGCAUGAAAAACAGAACAAGAUCAUGGAAAAACCUAUUGAGAAACUAUAG